UCAACCUGCAGUUACGGAAGGAAGUCUCCGCGAAAGCAAAUUUUUUCCCAUCCUCCCGAGAGAGGCGAGCAUGCUUGCCCGUGGAUGGAGCGCCACUGCAGGCUGUGCAACGCUUACUACAGCGACCUUUGCUGCGAAAUUUUCAAGCCAAUCGCAGACCCUUAACUUUUCCUGGGGGAUGACGACCCGCUUGGACAAACCCAGAAAGGUCGACCAAUGUUACAUGCCUUGCUCAAGGGUUCUCGAUCCCGAAGGCAACGGAAAUGGCAGAAUCACAAGUUCCGACCUAGUGGAAAGGGAAUACGCCGAUCUCAAUCUCAAGAAUCUCUAUGACGACGGACAGGUUGGUCAUGUGCGAAUUCGACAACAUGUGAAUCCUCUUAGUUCUUCUUUCAGUAUACCUGUAGAUGCACCUGACUGGGAUGACGUUUUCAAUGACUCCAAGCUGCCUCUUAUGGUGGAUAUUGGAAGUGGUAGUGGCAGAUUCUUGAUUUGGCUUGCUAAAAGAUUUCCUGAUUCAAGAAACUGCUUGGGACUGGAAAUUCGGCACAAGCUGGUUCAACGAUGUCAGUUCUGGGCGAAAGAACUCUCUCUCAGAAACAUCCAUUUCUUAUCUUGCAAUGCUACGAUAUCUUUUGAAAGAUUGGUGUCUUCAUAUCCCGGUCCUUUAGCCUUUGUUACAAUAUUGUGUCCUGAUCCCCAUUUUAAAAAGAGGCAUCAUAAGAGAAGAGUAUUGCAGAAGCCUUUGGUUGAUUCAAUUUUGAAUAAUCUGAUCACAGGAGGACAGGUUUUGAUGCAAUCGGAUGUGCUUCAAGUGGCGGUGGACAUGAGAGAUCAGCUUGACCAACAAGCAGAUGUGUUGAAACAUAUCGACGCCAUUGAUGGAAGUUUUUCAUGUGAUGAAGAAGGCUGGCUGCGACAUAAUCCAUUUGGAAUACGCACUGAGAGGGAGAUACAUGCCGAACUGGAAGGUGCCAAAAUUUACCGGCGAAUGUAUCAGAAACUUUGAUUCCACUCUUCUCUGUAAUCAAUUUACAGGUAGGGUUCUUCAUUUAGGUAUCAAGGUUUAAUGUUUGGAUUUGGUAGGAUUUAGAGCGUAUUUUCAUCAUUAAUUUUUAACAUCUUUUUUGUUUUAGGGGCUGUUUAUAUGCGUAGUAAAUGUUGUAGCUUAAAUUCUGAAUAUUAUUAAAUAAAUUUAUGUAGAAUG